AUGGGUACGGCCCACGCCGGCUUGAUCACGGGAGGGCAAGCCACACUCGACAUCGACAUCUCGCUGAUGACGACCCCCAACGGAAAUCUCACCUUCGAGCGGUUCUACGGCGCCCCUGGCGAUGAGGCCGCCACGUUGAGCCGCAACGAUAUGGUUAGUCCCUCGGGCUCCCCAUUUCCCGGCUCUCCGACGACAUCCGAAGAUCUAGAACACCCGGUGAACGGCACGGUAUCGAGUCCCAAUCCUCCCGGCGGCGGAGUUCGUUAUCGUCAGUCGACCACGCUCGACUACGAUCCGAGCGAUGUCCUGGGAAGCUGGGCUCCCUCCUCGUUUACCGGCUUCAACGUUUUGAACGACGGCGAACAGAUCGGUCUCGACGGAGUAACCCGUACCGAGGUCGACCCCGGGCUUGGCGGCGGCGUUCUUAUGUUUGGAGAUUUGGGCCUUCGCUACGCACCCACCCGGGCAAGUGCCGGGAAUGGAUUGGUGUUCGUCGGCAACUUCGAUUUCGAAAACUCACCGCUGUUCGACGUCGGCAACGCAACCAUCACCGCCGAUGGAUCGACGUUGACCAUCACCGGCGACCUGCUUUUGGCUGCCGAGUACACGUUAUUCUUCGGCGGGGUCACCGGAUCGGAUGUCGGCGACUUCGAGUUGGUGGCCACGGUGCCCGAACCGUCGACGGUCAUCCUGAUGCUCAUGGGUGUCGUCGUCGCCUGCGGCGGAUGGCUUCGCAAAAGAUCGGCACUCGGUCCGACUACGCGCCGUCGGCUUGUCUUUCAUGGUGCAGACCGACGUGGCUUCACGCUGGUCGAACUGCUGGUCGUAAUUUUCAUUGUUGGAUUGCUGGCCGCGAUCCUUCUGCCGGCAACUCAGUCGGCCCGAGAGGCCGCCCGUCGGGCCCAAUGCCAGAAUCACCUUCGGCAAAUCGGUAUGGCCGUGAAUCUGUUCGACGAAUCGCUGGGCCAUCUUCCCAGCGCCACGUAUGGACCGCCGUAUAACGAGGCCGGUUCUCGCGGCAGUUGCUUCACCAAGCUCUUGCCAUACCUCGAACAGUUACCGCUCUCCAAACGAUACGACUGGGGGCACAACUGGUACGAGGAAGUGAAUCAGGAAGUAGUCAACACACCCAUUGCAAUCUUCCGUUGCCCUUCGGCGACUGAAGGCAAAGACAUUCAGAUCGGGCUGGGGAACUCACCUUCCAUCGAAGACGAACCGCAGCACACCGCUGCCGUGACCGAUUACACGGCGGUCUACAGUUGGGGCGCGUCUUUCGCGGUGCCCAAUGAUCCGUUUCUAUACGACCCUUGGGCGGUUGGCGCGUUGUCACCCAUUCCGGAAGAAGCCACCGGGGUGCUCACGGGUUCGAGUGUUUUCAGAACACCACGCAGAAUCUAUGUCACCGACGGAUCGACCUACACCAUGACCUUUGUCGAACGGGCCGCAACCACGCAGCGAUGGAUUAACGGACUGGUUGCCGAAGAGUCGCCUACCACGGCCAAAACCUGGGCCCCCUGGGCAGGGCAAGGUUGCGUGUGGCUGCUCUCUUACAUCGAUAGUGGCGAAACCUGGGCACCGACCGGCCUCGGGCCUUGCAACAUCAACUGCAACAACCACCAGGGCAUCUACGCAUUCCACCCGGGCGGCGCGAACACGGUCUUCUUAGACGGAGCGGUGCAUUUCCUGGCGAAAGGAAUCGACCCCAAAGUCUUGUACGCGAUGGUCUCUCGAUCGCGAGGAGAGUUGAUUGAGUACUUCGACUGA